UAUGCCAACUUUAUAUACACAAAUAUAAUAGAUAAAAUAAUUUUUUUUUCUGCAAAUAAUAUGUCCUCGUGUGUAGCAUUGGUUACGAAGAUUAUAUUAGGUUAUGUUCGCAUCAAGUGUCAAAUGUAUAUAUCUUUAAAUUAUUCUCUGCACUAUUGCAUUACCUGUUUUUGGUAUAUCAUGGAUGUAAGAUGCAAACAUUGCAGCAAAUCUCUUUUUAAAGGUGAUUAUAUUUUGUUUAAUGCACAUUACGAAGUAAAACAGCAGCCAGCAGAUAUAGGAUGUCAGGCAGAGAAGUCUGAUAGCUGUUCAUAUAUGACUUCGGAAAAUGCACCGGAUUGGAUUAUGAAUAUUAUUAAUCGGGAAUCUUGGACUAAGGGCAAAUUACAUUGCCCACAUUGCAACAGUCGCUUAGGAUCUUUCAACUUUGUAAGUAAUACAAAGUGUUACUGCGAUAAGUAUAUAACACCUCCCAUAAGAAUAGUCAACUCUAAAAUAGAUCUGUUAUAUGAAAGAAUAAAAUAAUAACACAACAAAUAAAAUGUUAGAGAAUAUAUUUGUACUAUAUAUAUGUAUCAUUAUUCUUUAUAUAUAUUUCUAAGAACUCUUUCCAAAUUAAAAAAAAAAAUGAGAGAAAUAAUGGAAAAUAUUAAUAAAUUUUCAUACAAACUGUAGUAUACUUUAUGACAUGUGGAGAUUAUCAAUAUAUCACUUUGAAUAAUUCAAGUUUUUACAGUUACAAUAUGAUGGAAAAUAAGAUUUAUAUAUUUUUUAAAUUCUUUAUUCAAUUUAUAUUUACAUCUUUUUUAUGUAAUCAUAUCAUUUAGUUAUAUUUUUCCAACUUACAUAUAUAUUAAGACUAUAUAUUUAUAUAAUAAUGAGAAGUGAAAGAAAGAGA